AUGGAUGUCAAGGCGGCGCCCAACGGCGUGGCCACCAUCGAGGACCGGAUCUUGCGCAUCACGGGCUACUACGGCUACUACCCGGGCUAUUCCAGCCAGAAAAGUGUUACCCGGUCCUCUGUCAUCCGAUGCAAGCCGGGAGCCAACUGCCCCAGCACGCAGAGUGGUUCCCGCAGGCAACACUCCCCUUUGCCCUCUGCUGAAGAUUCUGCUGCUCCCAUUCUAGAGCUGCAGAGUCGAAGUCCCGCUGGAUUUUGCCGGCACGGCAGAGGAGAGAGGCAGAACACAUCAGGAGAAGAAGGGGCACAAGCCCAUGCCGAAGGCGUCGGCCAAGAGAACCAUGCGCAGACCCGGUGUGAGUCUUGCACCUCCACGUUUCUCAAGAUCGUCUGGGGAUUUCUGAUUAUUUUGUCCGUCUCGUCCUCUUGUGUCGGAACGACACAGAUCGUCAAAAUCACAUACAAGAACUUUGAUUAUCCAUUUUUCAUGACUUGGUUUUCCACAAACUGGAACAUUAUGUUUUUCCCUGUUUAUUACUCUGGGCAUCUUGCAACUGCACAGGAAAAGCAAUCUCCAAUCAAAAAAUUCAGGGAAUGCAGUCGGAUCUUUGGCGACGGUGGUCUGACGCUGAAACUCUUUCUUAAAAGGACAGCUCCCUUUUCUAUUCUCUGGACUUUGACUAAUUACCUUUACCUGCUGGCGUUGAAGAAGCUGACCGCCACAGACGUCUCAGCCCUAUUCUGUUGUAACAAGGCCUUCGUCUUCCUGCUCUCGUGGAUUGUACUGAAAGACAGGUUCAUGGGUGUAAGGAUAGUCGCUGCAAUUAUGGCCAUCACCGGAAUUGUGAUGAUGGCGUACGCAGAUGGUUUCCGUGGCGAUUCAAUUAUCGGCGUUGCAUAUGCCGUGGGGUCUGCAUCAACCUCUGCCCUCUAUAAGGUUUUGUUCAAGAUGUUCCUUGGAAGCGCCAACUUCGGGGAAGCCGCCCACUUCAUCUCGACCCUCGGCUUCUUCAACCUGAUCUUCCUGUCCUUCAUGCCCGUCAUACUGUAUUUUACAAAGGUGGAGUACUGGACCCCCUUUUCAGUGGUGCCCUGGGGCUAUCUGUGUGGAAUCGCGGGGCUCUGGCUAGCGUUUAACAUUUUGGUGAAUGUCGGUGUCGUGCUUACAUACCCCAUCUUAAUCUCUAUCGGGACGGUGCUGAGUGUUCCUGGCAAUGCAGCGGUCGAUCUUCUCAAACGCGAGGUGAUCUUCAGCGUCGUCAGGUUAGGGGCGACCGUCAUUAUCUGCCUCGGAUUCUUGCUGUUGCUGCUUCCUGAGGAAUGGGACGAAAUGACGCUGCGAUUCAUUAACAGCUUAAAGGAAAAGAAGGGCGAGGAACACGCCGAGGACGCCACAGAUUCCAGCGUUCAUUUCAGGAGCAGAAGCAGAGCGAACGGGACGGUGUCUAUACCGCUGGCUUAGAGCCAGCGAUGUCUAAAACUUGCACGGCCAUGUAUAUUCUGUGAAUAUGAUUUAAUAAAUUUUUUCUCACCCACCUGUAUGCUACAACCCCCCCCCUACCAUUAUUGUUUUAAAAGCAGGGAUGGAUUGUAAAAUUAACGCUAAACACAUCAG